AUGACAUUCGAGGCUGGUGAGCAAGCACUUCUAAAGGUAUCACCCAUUAAAAAGGUGAUGAGAUUUGGUAAGAAGGGAAAACUCAGUCCUCGUUACAUUAGCUCUUUUGAAAUUCUUGAUUAUGUGGGGCCAGUGGCAUACAAGUUGUCCUUACCACCUAGCUUGUCUGGAGUACGCCUGGUGUUCCAUGUGUCUAUGCUGAAAGAGUACCAUGGGUAUGGGGACUAUAUCAUCAUAUGGGACUCGGUAUUAUUAGACAAGGAACUUCAGUAUGAAAAAGAGCCAGUUGUAAUUCCUGAUUUUGACGUCCAAAAAUUGAGGACUAAGGAGAUUAAUAUGGUUAAAGUGCAAUGGAAAUAUCAUUCGGUAGAGAAAGCUACUUGGAAGACUGAAAAAUACAUGCGAGACAAGUAUCCUCAACUGUUUGACGAAUACUACUAUAUCUUUACUUUAGCCCUAUUUUCCUUAGUUAGUCACUCGGGGACAAGCGAUGGGUAA